CUUCUACAACUAGAAACAACUUUGACAAGACAAGACAAGACAAGACAUGGGAAACAAGACCAACCCUGCGCUUACAGUCUGCCUUCUGCUCAUGGCUGCUCUUUCCUUGGAGGCAUCGCUCAGGAAAUGGGUCCACUCUCCAUAUGCAAUAAAUAAGUGGGAAUUGGCAAGACGACACUGCCUGAAUCAUCGCGUUGACUUAGUUACUGGGUCCAUUAUGCAAGAAGGUUGGACUAAGUGGUUAUGGAAGUAUGGUGUCUCAAAAUUCUGGAUUGGUCUAAAAAGAAGCCCGAACAAUGACUCAGCCUGGAUGGAUGUGAAUAUAAAAACUGGAGAAGGGCUAUCAGGAGGCGACCUCUCGAGGAGCAAUGAAUGGGCCCCUGGAGAGUCCAGUGGUCUAUGUGCAUCGGUAGACGAACAAACAGUAUGGCACAGUCGUAAAUGUUCACAUCAAAAUCAUUUCUACUGCUCAAUUCAUGGCAACAUUCAAUAUGAUGAAACAGACCUUAGCUGGUUUGAAGCUUCUGAGUUCUGUCAGUACAAGGAUGGUGUCCUAAUCACUGUCAAUGAAAAUAACACAGAUAAGAUAAAGUAUAGAAGCUGGAUUGGACUGUACCGAAGGGGUGGUGACACCUGGUCUUGGAUUGGAAAAUCGCAAUCUAACUACAGAAAGUGGGCACCAGGAGAGCCAAGUAACGCAGACUGUGCCAUGUAUGAUUUGGACACUAAUAAGUGGUACAGCAGGAGCUGCUUUCAAGAGUUUCGUUUUCUUUGCAUUAUUGACAACCUGGUGCUGGUGACUGAGAACAAGACGUGGGAGGAAGCCCUUGAGCACUGCCGGAAUAUGACAACUCCAUGUGCCGCCUCACGGGGCUGUAUGUACCGCCACGACCUCCUGAGCCUGCAAUGGUCUGACCACAGCUAUGUCAGCGACAGGAUCUACAAAGCCACGUCUGAUGAGGUUUGGACAGGCCUGCGCUUCCUGGCAGGGAAGUGGUGGUGGGCGAACAAAGAGGAGCUGAAAGACAGUGGUGGGCUGCCAAAAUGUCCGUCUCAGCAGCAACACUGUGGGACUGUGUCCAAAUACGACACGAAGAGAUGGAUCAUCAGGGACUGUUCAGAGAAAAGAAACUUUGUCUGCUACCGGUAUAUAGUUUAAAGUAUAUGGUAUGUAAGUAUGGAAAUUAAGACAAACAAAUAAAAAUCAAGAAUAAUAAAUAAAAUUAAAACAUUGUUAGCAGAAGUGACUCUGUCAGACAAAGCUUUUCAAUGCUCUGUUGUUGCAUGUUUCAUUAGAUCAUCUCUUUCUACUAGGGCUCUAUUUUCUAUAUAAAUGAUGUUUUACUGUAGUUCCUUCGGUUGAUUUUAACCAAGUGUGAAAGAGAAAAGAAUAUUACCAUACAGAGGGAGUGAAAAUGUCAUUUGACUCUCUGUGACCUUUAUCAACAUGAGACGUUUUCUUUCUUUGUGACAUUUUUCACAUUAAUAUGCUUGUGUAGUCUGUACUGUAGAAAUGAAAAUUGACAAGAUAUAUCUUAUUAUAUGAAAGUUUACCCUGCUUUUUAUUUAAACUGUCUUCAUUAAUAUGAAAUCUGAUUCCUGAAGUGCUGGGCGCUGAUCAGCUAUGGGUGCUCAGGUAUUGUUUUUUUUGUUUGUUUUUUUUGUUUUUUUCAGGACUUGCUUAAGAUUUUAGUAAAGGUAUGACUAUUAUAGAAACAAUGACAACCAAUAAAGGCAUUUUUGCAAAACAGUUACAUGCGUUGUUCUGCUUUUUGCAAGUGUUUGACGCACAGUGUGCUCCCUUAUGGUAUACAGAUAUAUAUCAUCAGAUAUUUGAGUCAACGACCACCUAAAAUUAAUUGACUUUACUCUGCAAUAAUAUG